CAGUGUUUCUGUCCCGUGAAUCCUUGCGCGCGCGGGUCGAGGAAUGGCGAAAUUUUAGAAAAUUUUCUGAACAGAAUUCUGGAUUUCUUUGCGUUUUUAGGUAAAUCCUGAUCCUGAUCAGUCGAACUGACCAUACCUGGACGUUGCUGAAGGUUCUAGCCGGCUGCAGGAGCCACAGGAAGGCCGCAUAGGGUUCGAGACAGCGUGUGGAGGCCGAGAAGCAGAGCGAGGAGGUUGAGGGACUGAGCUGCUGAGUGGGGUGCAUAUGCAGGGGAGCGAGGGAAGGAGGGAGGACGCUAGAAACCAGGAGAUCUGACUGGCCGACAGAUGAUGAUGAUGGAGGAGCCACAGACCUCGGAUCUGCACGACAGACCGCAGGUUAAUGGACUCUCAGCAACUGUCGAGUCCUGGACAUCAGACGGGCAACGGCAACUCUCCCAGCAGCAUAGCCAAUGCCAGUUACGCCACAAAUGGGACAGACACUGGCCAGGGCGUGAUAGUGACAACAGGUGACUCGACAGUGCUGACCAAUUCAGACUGGGCUAUGACCGGCGUCACAACUCAAACUACUGCUUCUGGGUCCACUGAGAGCAGAACGAUGAACAGCCAGGGCACCUCUCAGAAUUCCACAGCGUACGAGGGCACAGCAGCGCAAUUCGCAGCCUCUCAGUUUCCCUACGGCAGCCCUGGUCGCCCAUACCCCCACAUUCUGCCUGCACCAGCCUCACAGACUGGGAUGCCGGGCUAUCAGCAAGUGGUGACAGGGCAGCAGCAGUACAUGCAGCCUGCGAACCCAGGCUACUACAACCCACAGACCAGACAACCUUAUCUGCCAGGAGCUUAUCCUCCAGGUGCCAGACCAGCAAUGCAGGAAGCCAAAGUACAGGGUCAGCACGGAGCAACAUACCCAACAGGCCUGUAUGGUCCAGGCUUCUCCACAGCAGGGCAGCCAGCACAGGCCCCAUACACUGCAUAUCAAGUACAAGGUACUUACAGUACAAGUGCAGCUACCUAUCCCACCAACAGUCCAGCUACCAACACGCAAGCUUACGCAGCACAGCAGGCUGCUGUUGUCUUGCAGGCAGUGGGGAAACAAACCCAGAGUGGUCAGGAGUACACGUAUCCCCCCCAGUUUGGCCAGGCAGGCACCUAUGCCCACCAGUACUACACCACGCCCCAGGGGUACUCUCCCUUCAACACAUCCAGCACCACCACCCUUACUGCACCCAGCACCACAACCACAUAUCAACUGCAACCAAUGCCAGAUCUGCCCACAACUGGAGUAGUGCACGAAGAUGUUACGAAAGUGAAAAGCACGCCAAGCAGAUCAAAGUCACGAAGGAAACAACCCAGCCCACCUCCAGAAAACGAUCUAGAGAGAGUUUUUGUGUGGGACCUGGAUGAGACCAUCAUCGUGUUCCAUUCCCUCCUCACCGGCUCGUAUGCGCAGAGAUUCGGAAAGGACCCCCAGCAGGCUGUAGCUCUGGGAUUGAGAAUGGAGGAGAUGAUCUUCAACCUGGCUGAUAACCACCUCUUCUUCAACGAUCUAGAGGAAUGUGACCAAGUCCACAUCGAUGAUGUAUCAUCAGAUGACAACGGCCAAGAUCUAAGUACCUACAACUUUGCAACAGACGGUUUUCAUGCGGCGGCAACCAGUGCGAACUUGUGCUUAGCGACCGGGGUGCGGGGAGGUGUGGAUUGGAUGAGAAAGUUGGCUUUCCGGUAUCGACGCAUAAAGGAGAUUUACAACAGCUACAAAAACAAUGUUGGAGGCAUGUUGGGUCCAGCCAAGCGAGAGCAGUGGUUACAACUGAGGUCAGAGAUUGAAGCCCUGACAGACUCCUGGCUGACCAUCGCACUCAAGUCCUUAUCCAUCAUCCACUCCAGGUCAAACACUGUGAAUGUGCUUGUGACCACCACACAGCUUGUCCCUGCACUUGCCAAAUGCCUCCUUUACGGCCUGGGUGGAGUUUUCCCUGUAGAAAACAUUUAUAGUGCUACCAAAGUUGGGAAGGAGAGUUGUUUUGAGAGAAUUGUGUCCAGGUUUGGGCGGAAGGUCACGUACGUGGUGGUAGGGGACGGCAGAGACGAGGAACAAGCAGCCAAACAGGUACGUCUACAGUGGCCAUUCUGGCGGAUAUCCAGUCACAACGACCUCGCCGCUCUACAUCACGCGCUGGACCUAAACUUGUUGUAGCCCGGAGCCACUUCUCCCAGUAGUCCAGAUCUCUCCUCUAACAUGCAGGCAUCUGCAGUAGUACACCUUGUGGACCUGUAGGUUUACCCAAAAGGUUUAUCCCACCAAACAAGAGAUGGCCCUUCCUUUGCCAGUCACCUUUCAGAUUUUGCCUCCUGCUGGCACAACAAACGUUUCUGGUCAGUUUCUCAACCUACCAUUGCUGAAAGCCAAUGUUUGUGGACUCUUUACAAACAAGCUUCUGUUAACUGAAGGCUAUCGCACAAUGCGGUUGACAGUGAAUGAAUGACUAAGUUUCCAUCAGCUGCUGUUUUUUUUUUUCUACCCAUGAAAGAGGUUGCGGCUAGUGAUCAGUUGUGAGGAAUAGAUUGUUGUUCAUCUACAGUUCUGUUAUCGCCAGCAACCAAGUUGGGUCAAGCCUUCAGUAGCAGUGUUCAAGUCAGGGUACCAAACCAACAUGCACCAACCAACCAAUCAUGACCCGCGGGGCAAAUUUUUGUAAAUAGAUAUGUUUACGAUGUAUUAGAGAUCACAUGACCUUGGUAAUGGAGAGAGGAAAUGGAAAUAUAGAAAUAGGCAUUCUUAGCUUUGCUGCUGUGUGACUCACACAGGCGAUGUCAAUGAAAACCAGCAGUAGUGGUAGGGAUGAGAAGACGAAAUAUGUCAUCACAACCAAUGGAAUGUAGCAUUUACGUCAUCUUGACUGAUGGUCAUGAGAGGUAGCUGUCAAAGGAAAAAUGAUGCUAUAGGAACGUCCCAUACUUUCACCAAAGUCUUUAUUAAUGUACAGACAUUUGUUAAGGACAGCUUUGUAAACCCUCUCAGCUUGCCAAAGGUUGUAGACACCAGUAGGAACUGUUGUACGUUUCAAAGUCUUUUUCUGUGUGAACCAUUCUGGCUUUUUGAACCUUUGUCUCUUGAGCAGAUGUUGUAUAGGAAAUAUGUUUGCCAAGUUGUGUCAGUACAUUUGUGUGCCUUUGCCUGUUGAUUACAGCUGAUGUUUUCUGAUUAAAACACAAGACAUGGAGGAGUUAUUCAAAACAUUUACUGCCCCAAUUACAUAGUAUCUAGUGAUACUAUGAUAGUGUUUCAGGACCAUCAAAUACAUUUAGUCAGUCAGUAAUAUGGGUGAGUGACAUAUAUUAUGCCCCACUUUAUUUCUCAACAGAUAUUUCAACUGACACAAAAUGUUGGCAAAAGGAUAGCAUUCAUCCCUGCCUGUACUUAUAUAAAGUUUGUCUGGGCUUAAUGCCCAAGCUGCGACCAAAAUUACCCUUGAGUAUUGAUGGCUGUAUAGGAAUUAAAGCUAUAGGAACUAGUUUCAGAUACCGUAAAAUCCAGUGAAUUUGUGUCUCUGCUUGUAAGAAUAGGAACUAGUUUCAGGUAGCCUAAAAUCCAGUAGAGUUGUAUCUCUGCUUGUAAAAAUUGCUGCUUUUUGGGCAUGUCACUGCUAGCCAGUAAUGGAUGAACUAGGGUAAGUAGUGUUUCCUCAUUAUUAUGAGAGGACCACUAGAGGUAGGAAUGUUGAUUUGAAAAACUCCUCCAGUGCUUAACAAAAAAAUAUAUUGACUUGGUGACAUGGGAACACUGUCUGUUUGGGAAGUCAAUUGUGUUAUGAACGGCAAAAGCUAAUUAUGCGAAAUUUAUAUAUUUUUAUUGAAGUGUUGUGUGUAGCUGUGACUAGUUUCAGCCAUUGUUUGUAAUGUAUGUCCAUGUAAUGUACUUAGUUUUCUAGUGCCGAAAAAUAGCUAAGAUAGAUAGACUAUUUUGUACAGUUUCAGACUUUGAAAGAUCGUAUGCUAUUGGUUAUGUAUGAAAGCUGAUGUGAAUUGUGUAGCAGAGAGCUCUGCUGUGAUUAGUAGGUAGUUGACUCCGCCUUCUCAUGACAUCUCCAUAUAUGGUCAUGCAAGCCAAAUUAGGAAAGUGAGUGAUUACCAUAUAUGGCAUUUACCUCAGUAUUGGAUGUUGAUAUUCAACAGUGAAGUGUGUGAUUGCAUCUAUAACUAGUUAAGAUAAGAGGAUAAACUGGAUUUUGUAGGAACAUUGUGUCAAAGCUUGCCAUCAUCAGGAGCUCAGCUGCAGACUGUGAUUUAGCACCAAACAGAAUCAUGGCCCAAAAGCAACAACUACCAAGGCAAACAGAUGUUUGGUUCAGUGAAAUCAAGCAAGCAGUCUUUAACAAAAACAUGUGGGGUAAAUUCUGUACAGUCCAUUGAAAACAAUGAUGCAUCCAAAUUUUGUCCUUAAAAGAUGCAACCAAAUUUUGUCCUUGAGAUACGAAUUUAAAUUGUUGUAAUUUUUGCUGGAGCAAAGUCAUCCAAAACUUGUUGUAAUGUUAGUAGGUUGGAAAAUAUGAAUGAGUAUGUGUGCCAUUUCAUUCAUGAACAUUGUUCAUGGCCACUUCAAUUUGCUCCUAGUGAUAGGAAUUCUAGUUGAUCGUGAUAGAUCAAUUUGUGGUGUUGCCUUGGGAACAGAAACUUUGUUGCCAUGGAGACAGAAUUGUCCAAACUCAUUUGAUUGUGUGGUUUGUGAUGUGCUUGUUACCAAGGUUGCAUGCAGGCUCCCAGAAUGCUGUGGGCUCUUGUUGUUUGACUGUUGAACCAUAACCCCAUUUCAACUGUGACCUUGAACCAUGCUGACCUGUAAACAAGUGGUUGACAGAUUUGAUAUUUUAUAAGCAUAAGAAAUAAAGAUGUGUUGUGCUUUUC